AUGACAAGCAUCGCAUUCUCCGCCAACACAGUCAAGCUCCAAUUGAACCAGGACAUUGGAAGCGCCACCUUCACUGGCACCGUUGGCAAGAACAGUGCCAACCAUGCCGGCAUCACGACCUCGCCAUUUGCAUUCAUCGUUCUUACGGAAAAUUCCGGAAGCCCCGCCAACUACUUGAUUCAACCCAACCCAACCCAACUCACCACCUACAAGACUUACACUCUCACUGGUCCAAAUGGCUCCGGAGUGGUCUUAUUCGUCGGCCCUGGUGGUAAAACUGUUGCCACCUUCAAGCAGUAA